AUGCUUGGAAAGUGUUUGGCAACGAGCCUUUUUCUUUUCUUUCUCUUGCUUGCCUUGGUAUUUUAUAACAGUGAUAUGAACCCUUUCGGCGACUCUUAUGACUUUCAAAAACUGAUAUUGUCGCAGGCCGAUGAAUCUACGUGUUUGUAUAAAUUGAGCCCGACAUCGCUAGGACCUUAUCUGAAGUCCUUUAUGAAAGCAUCAGUUACCGACGAGGGCAGCGAGCUACGUUUUUCCGGACUGGCAGUAACUUCGACACUCAAAAAUGCGUGUCAACCCCUCACUGAUGUGAGCAAGGCGAAAAUACCAGCAAACAAGAUCGCUCUCGUCAUCCUGCAACUUGAAGAUGAAACUGCUUGUCCAAUGCAAGACUUGGCGCUAGAAGCUCAGAGAGCAGGGUAUUCUGUUCUUAUAUACUUCGGAUACUCUGCCAAUACAACCGCAAUAUAUGUGCCAAGAAAAGAGAUAUUAUUGAUCCCGGUUUUAGAAGCUAAGAACUAUGGUGGUCAGUGUGCGGGUUUGCCUGCAAACGCAGAUAGAACCAAUGUGGAAAUCAGCGUACCAGUUUUAAGACCGUCAUCAAAAGAACUGAAUGCAAUGAAAUCUUACUUAGCAAACCUUUACUACUGGUUUCUUGUGGGGCCAAUCAUCACACUCGAGUGGAUGAGACAGACAAAGAAAUUCUGUUGGCAUUCCGGACGACAUGAAAGAAGUGAAAAUCCAUUAGAGCCGGAAGCGGAAAACGGCCAAGCCGAGACUGAUUUUGAAAGAGAAUUUCGAACUGUGGAGGAAGGCGAAAACAGAACUGGGGAGCCAGUACAGGUAUUAGCAUACCAAGAGGGUCCUGCUGAAGAACAACCCCUACUAAGUGCCGUAAACAAUGACUCUCAUGAUGUCAAUCGUUGUCCUCGAGGAAGUGGUUGUGUCAAAAAAUACCACAGUGUUUGUGACAAAGCAGCGAUAGGCUUACGGUAUCUGAUUCUUGUUUUAGCCGCUCUUCCGGUAGGUUUGUCUGGUGGAGGACUAUCCUUUUUUAGAUUUGAUGAAGCUGGAGACAGCAAUCAGCUUUAUCAAAUUUCGGCUUCUUCCAUUUUCGCCUGGCCCAACUUUUUAACUUACAUAGAAGCUCCUGUCUGGUGGUCACCUUUUCAGAUAUUUUGCUUUUUCAUGUACAGUCACCUUGCCUGUAGAAAUCAAUGGAGAUGGACAUGGACCAUUCCCACAAAAUUUUCAAAAUUAAUCCGAAAUGACUGGUUUGCGUCGAACAUUUAUUUGCUAGUGUUGGGUGUUGUGGAGCCAUUUUGCUCAUUACCAGCUUCGCAGGGUAUGAGAUAUUUCGUUCGCUUUGCAGUUUACAAUUCCGUAAACACAGUAUGUAAUUUUCUUUUUUUAAUCAUUCUAAACAAGCACAAAUACGUCACGCGCUACGUCUUCUACAUCAGCGUGUGUAUGAUUUGCGCUUACAUCGAGAGCGAUGUUGUUGCUUUGUUUUAUUUUGCACUCAAUUCGCAAGGAUCCUUNAAUUUUCUUUUUUUAAUCAUUCUAAACAAGCACAAAUACGUCACGCGCUACGUCUUCUACAUCAGCGUGUGUAUGAUUUGCGCUUACAUCGAGAGCGAUGUUGUUGCUUUGUUUUAUUUUGCACUCAAUUCGCAAGGAUCCUUACAAAACGUCAAACUCACAGCCAUCAGAACAGCGGCAAUUACUCUCACAUUGCUUGUAAGUUUUAGGACCUCUAUACAUAUUAUUCGGAAACUCGUCAAGCCAAGGCAAUCACUGUUUGAGGGACUUGGUGAACAGUGA